AUGCAUUUUGAAACUGUCUUUUCUUUGAAAUCAUCAUUUAUUGGAGCUGUCGUUUCUCUGGUGUCAUCACUCAUUGGAGUCAUUGUUUCGUUAGUGUCAUCGCAUUUUGGAUCUAUUGUUUCACUGUCUAAUCAAUCAUUAUACGUGUGA